GACACCACACUUACUAGGCACAUCUGUACGAGAAGCCUCACGUGAAACCAAGGGAUUUCCCAUUUGAAAAAUGAAGAGAAACAUGAUUUGAGUACUGGAAAAUCCACAGCAUGGCCUUUUCAGAAAAGCCAGGCACAGCCUGGGAGACAGUUCUCCUGGGAGCCUUGAACUCCCAGGGGAUGACCACCAACAUCUGAAAAGGCACAGCAACCAAGCCGAACAUGCAAACAGCGUUAAGCAAGGUAACCGCAUUCAUGUCUUCAGAAGCCAUGAUAACGUUUUUUUACUUCCCCUUUCCUAAGUCUUGCAGAUCUCAUUUGAGUGCCACUCUCCUGUCCUCCUUCGUGGAUGGGAGAUAAGCCUGGCUUCUAGGGAGACAGACUUGCCCUGCCUAAGGCAGAUGAGGCCCCCAUGCUUCUGUGGCUGCUGUUUCUGCUCCUGGCUCCUGGAAGAGAACAAUCAGGAAUAGCUCCAAAAGCUUUUAUUCUCCUCCAACCUCCAUGGUCCAGAUUCUUUAAAGAAGAUAUAGUGACUCUCACAUGCAAGGACGCCCAUUCUUCAGUCCAGGGAGGCAUAACCUGGUAUUGGGACAGAAAGCGAUUGGAAAGAGAAUCUGAAGAGAUCCAGAUAAACACACCUGGAUACUACAAUUGCAAGACCCGAGGAUCUUCCCUCAGUGACGCUGUGCUUGUGGAAUUUUUAUCUGACUGGCUGAUCCUCCAGGCUUCAUACCCUGUCUUUGAAGGAGAUGAUGUAGUUCUGAGAUGCCGGGCACAAAAAGAAGAGAAAGCCAGUGAAAAGAUAUACUACAAAAAUAAAAAAAGACUUAGUGAUAGUUAUAGCUCAGAGUUCAUGCUGAACUCAGUCUCUAGGGACAAUGGCAAAUAUCACUGUACAGCUUCUAAGGAAGCUUUUUUUUUCAUGACACAGGAGAUUUCAAAACCUCUAAUGAUUCAAGUUCAAGAGCUGUUUUCACCUCCUGUUCUGAGAGCCAGCCCUUCCCACUCCAUAGAGGGGAACCCGGUGACCCUGAAAUGUGAGACCUCGCUCUCUCCACAGAAGUCAGACACGCAGCUUCAAUUUCGUUUCUUCAAAGAAAAGCAGGUCCUGGGAUCAGGCUGGAGCAGCGCCCCAGAGCUCCGGAUUCCUGCCUUGUGGGCUGAAGAUUCAUGGUCUUACUGGUGUCAGGCGGAGACCAUGACUCACAACAUCAUAAAAAGAAGCCGGAGAUCCCAGAUACAAGUUCAGAGAGUCCCUGUGUCUGAUGUGACUCUAGAGACUCAACCCCGUGAAGGGCGGAUAGUUGCAGGAGGAAAUCUGGUCCUUAUCUGCUCAGUUGCCAAAGGGACAGGGACUAUCACAUUCUCCUGGCACAGAGAGGGCAUAGAAAGAAGUCUGGGGAGAAAGACCCAGCGUUCCCUGUCCGCAGAGCUGCAAAUCUCCUCUGUGAAGGAGCACGACGCCGGGAGAUACUACUGUGCAGCAGACAACAGCCGCGGUCCCAUGCUCAGUCAGAGGAUCAGAGUGGCACUGGGAAUUCCAGUGUCCCUCCCCGUCCUCAUCCUCAGGGUCCCCAGGGCCCAGGCUGUGGUGGGGGACGUGAUGGAGCUCCACUGUGAGGCCCAGAGAGGCUCUCCCCCGAUCCUGUACUGGUUUUAUCAUGAGGAUGUCGCCCUGGGGAACAGCUCAGCCCCAUUCGGAGGAGGAGCAUCCUUCAACCUCUCUCUGACUGCAGAACAUUCUGGAAACUACUCCUGCGAGGCCGACAAUAGCCUGGGGGCCCAGCGCAGUGACAGCGUGACUCUUAAGGUUACCGUCCCAGUGUCUCGCCCUAUCCUCACCCUCAACCCUGUUGGGGCCCAGGAUAUGGUGAGUGGCACACUGGAGCUCCACUGUGAGGCCCAGAGAGGCUCUCCCCCGAUCCUCUACUGGUUUUUUCAUGAGGAUGCCACCCUGGGGAACAGCUCAGCCCCCUCUGGAGGAGGAGCAUCUUUCAACCUUUCUCUGAUGGAAGAGCAUUCUGGGAACUACUCCUGCACAGCUGACAACGGCCUGGGGGCCCAGCGCAGUGAGGUGGUGACACUCAACUUCACAGGGCCUUCCAGGAACAAAGGAGUCCUUAUCCCUGUGAGGUUCACUGGGUGGCUGCUAAGCAUCCUUGGCCUUGCAGCUGCUGUUGUUCUGGUGGGUCACUUCAGGACCCAGAGGAAAUCAGGAGGACUUUCUGCUUCUGGAACACCUAGUCCCAGUGGGUAUCAGGAGCCCUCCUUGUCCAGCCCUUCCAGCACAGACCCCCAAGAGCCCACCCACUGUGAGCCACUAGCCCUAACGGAGCUGCAGCCAGUGUACAGCAAUGUGAAUCCUGAAGACAGCAACCUGGUUUAUUCCCACAUCUGGAGUGUCCAGCAUACAAAAGAAAAUUCAGCAACAAAGUCACCAAGGCUGCCUCAGGAGGAUAAGGAACCUGUAGUCAUCUAUUCGGAGCUGAAGAAGGCGCAUCCUGAUGACCCUGCAGAGCCGGCCGGCAGGAGAAGCAGGGCGCGUGAAGAGGCUACAGACAACUAUGAGAAUGUCCCGUGAAUACAACUGACCUUCAGCCACUAGCUCUGUACCCAGAGGGGCCCAGAGACCCUGGGGGUGGCCUGUGCUGUUCUUCCUGUUCUGUCCAAGCAGGCACCCUUCUUUCCUCCAGGACUCUGCUGCCCAGGAGGCUGGGCUCUAGGGGACAUGAGGCUGCACGAAAGGUUUUUCAACCUCCUCUGUGCCCGAGUCUGUGCACUUUCUAGGAACAGAGUGGGCAGCAUUUGAGUAAAUGCUGCAUUUCUUCAGAGCAGACAAACAUGUGAAGGCAGGGCAGGUGGACCUUCAGCCCCUGGAUCUGUGGCAUAGAGGAGUGGGGAGAAACACUCCGGUGAGGAUUGCAAGGGUGCAACCACAACCAUUUGAUCUGAGAGUGCGCAAAAGCUUUUAAUGUACUAUCUCUGCAUAAAUGAUUUGCUUUCAACAUUUUGUUACCUUUUCCGUGUGAUUAAUGAGGGCAUUACUCGUAUAUGUUACACAUACAAGCUGGAAACAACCAAAUAGAUUCAUUCUGUCUCUGUGUAUACUGUGUUUUCAUGAACUGAAGAUCAAUACAAAGAAAUUUAAAAAACAUGGAAUAACCCAGUCUAUUUAAUAGGAGUGCAUCCUAAUUAUCCGGUCAGUUUAAUGGGCCGGACUGUUGUCUCUCAAAAUUCUCAUGUUGCAAUCCUAACCCCCCAAUGUGACUGCCUUUAAGGAGGUAGUUAAGGUUAACUGAGGUUAUAAGGACAGAUCCUCAUCCAAUAGGAUGGGUGUCCUCACAAGAGGAAGAGACAUCAGUGACCUACUCCGUCACCCUUCGUGCACGCAGAGGAAAUGCCACAUGAGUACACAGCGGGAAGGCAGCCCUCUGCCCUGGCAGCAGGUGGCCAGGAAAAGGUGGCAAAGCUUGGUGUCUCCCGGGAGCCCUCAGGACCUGAGCAAGGCCAUCAGAAAGCUCGAAGGAGGACAUCCCCUCCCCUUGCUCAAAAACUCCAGUCAUUCCUUCAAUUGACCGACAACUAUGGAGGAAAAAGAAUUUUUAAAGCAUACCAAUAUGUCUUAAGUUUCAGGAAAAAUGACAGACUUGCAUUUAUUCAUAAAUUCUUCUGAGGCAGGAAAGGAGUAACUGACACUGUCAGCCUCUGUCACCUGGUGUUACACUGAACUUGAUACAACGCUGGAGACAAACAGACCUUAGGAAAAGAGGCCGGAGAGUUCACUGAUGACUUGUGUCUGUCAACGGAUACAAUGUGUGGACAUCAUUGAUUUUACACCAGCCAUUGUUGAUGACUUUAAGAAAAUAACACAGUGAUGCUUUGCAAAACUUGAAAAGAACUCAAGCACACCGGUAAAGUGUAUUUCAAAUUUUAUGCUUUUCCCCUUGGGCAUCAGACACUUAGACAACAUAUGGCAACGUGUGAUCUGAUUUGAGGUUUUCAAUCUUAGGCUAAUGAAUUCAACUAGCAAGCUAAUUUGCUGAGGAAAAAAUCAUUUUCCUUCUUAGGAGGAAAUACAUAUUUUUAUUAUGAAAGUGGGACUCUUAUGUCUUGUUUCUGUAUAGUAGGUACAAAAUACAAUCCAAAAGGUGUGCCUGGCCUGUAGAGACAGCAAGGAAUCCGGGUAUAGUCUGUGUCUAUGCUUAGAUUUUGCUCCAAAUGUCCCGCGCUUUGAACUCCACGAAGAAUAAUGUCAUAUAUGGGGGGAGAGGGACAUGCCACCAAGUGCCAGCUGUGGGAAACCCAUUUGAAAGUGUGGUGACAAAACACAGAUGUUUCUCUACUGAUUUAAAAGACAGAAUAUCUGUAAGGGAGGAAGACAGAAUGGAGGCGACAUCCCAUGGACAGCAAGUGCCCCUCUCUAGGAGUGCAUGCCAGGAACAGAGAGGACAGCAGCUGCCAGGAUUGAGAGAAUCAGCAGUGCCAGGAGGUAGGUACACCAGAGGGACUCCAGUGCACAGAAUAAUUCUGCGUGUACGGUAUGCGGGACCUUCCUCUCAGAAGUCCUCAUUAUCCAGGUCCUCAAAAUGAGGGCAAAUAAUAAUCUCUGUAAACAGUCAGGGAGAGUCUAAGGGAUAUUUGGGAGAAGAUCAAAGAGGAAAUUAUAUUUCCAACUGGUGAAGAGGUAACAUUUGAGGCAUCAAGAUUUAAGGUGUUACUUCAAUUUUUUUCUUUACGUUUUAGUUAUUUUCACAUUUACUGAAGAAUACCUUAUGCACAAGAAAUUGCACAUAUUUAAAGUGUACAAUUCGAUGAGUUUUGACAGAUACAUACUUCCCUGGAACCACCCCUACAAUCAAGACCCCAAAUAUCUCCCAUCACCCACCAAAGUUUCCUCAUCCCCUAAGCAAUACUUCUUUCCCUUCGCCUGUUUCAUGCAAUCACUGAUAUGCUUUCUGUCACUGCACGGUGGAGUGUAUUUUCUAAAAUUAUAUAUAAAUAGAAUCAUACGGUAUAUACUCUUUUGUGCCUAGCUUCUUUCUUCACCAAGCAAAAAUAUUUUGAGAUUCAUUCACAUUGUUUCAUGAAUCCACAGAACACCUUUUUUCAUUGCUGAGUAGCAUUCUAUUGUAUGGAUAUACCACCUUUGAUUAACCAUUUACCUGUUAAUGAACAUUUGGAUUCUUGUUUGUUAUUAUUGAAAAUAAAGCUGCUAUGAA